UCGGAGAUGUGGCAAACUUCGUCCUUAAACCAGAGUGCCGCUUUAGCUUCCUAACCUUUAACUUUUUAAUUUUUAACGGGACUUCCUCAGGCUGACGUGACCCCCCUGUUUAUUAACUAGGAGCGUCAGUACCGAAGAUGAGGCUGCUGACAAAAUGAAGCCGUGAUAAAAUGAAGCCAAGCCUUUAUCGAAUCCUUGCAGUUGGAACAGUCCCUUAAAGGCCAUCUGGUCCAGCUCCCCUGUAAUGAACAGGGUCAAUCACUGCUCCACGAGGACCUCGGAGCCCCCUCGAGCCUGACCUUGAGUAGCUGCAGGGCCGGGGCACCACCUGCCUCUCUGGGCAGCCUCAUCAGUUAUGGGUUACUUUGUAUCUACAGCAUAAUGACAGACGGGAAGACUACUCAUUAACUUUCUGUUUAAAGAAGUGGUUUGUCUUACCCCAGCCUUUUCCAAGGAAAGAAACAUUUUUUAGCAAGAGGUUCCUUGUGGUGCAACCACACAUUUUCAGCAUGAGCUUGCUAGCUGGAUGCAUUGGAAGCAGUUAGCAGCUGAUGGCAGUCCCAGCUCAUGUCCCCUUGUUGGGAACAGCUGGCAAGACAGAAGAGCAAGAACUAGCAAGAUUACUACCACAACUGUUUUCAGCUCAGCAGAUCUACUGGCUUGUUUUAACUGCAGGGCAAGUUUACACUGGAGAUUACACUUCAGUGCUCUAUCUUAUUAAGGGAAGAUGUUUUGUCCAUUAAUCCAAUUAGCAUUGUAGGUUAAUAAGACUGUUUCCUGAAGCAGAGCAGUCUCACAAAUAACAAUUACACCUAAACACUUAAGCAAUGAGAAAAGAAAUACCAGAGUGGCAUUUCCCUACGUAUUCUACUUAUUCUUUUCCUUCCUACUCUACUUAGUAUGUUUUACAAGCAAUGCUCUCUAGUUACAUGACAACUUCUCAAUUAGGAAAUCACACCAAACAGCUAAAGGUGCUGAAAACAUUUACAUGCUGAUAAAAUUCCCUUUAUCUUCAAUAUAGGCAGAUAGGUUCCAGCCCAGGGUAACAUUUUCAGUACCAAAGAAAUGUAUUCAGCUAUGAAGGCAUAAAACAAAACAUGUUGUUACUCUGUCAUCUGCCCUGGCAAAGGGCACUUUCCAAUCAGAGCCACUGCAAACUCAGCUGCAGGUCUGGGUGUUAGAACACUCAGCAGCUCCAUUCUUCAGAUGCGUUCAGUUGUUGGCAUAUUUUCCUCUUUGGGAACACACAGUCCUUAACUUCAAACACUGCCCUUAUGCUACUGACACAGAAAACAGAGAAACUUGCAAAGAUAAAAAGAAACUAAACAAAGGGGAACUAAUACUUUCAGAACAGCUCAACUUAUUGCAGUAGCAUUGUUCCCAUAAUAGCUCCUGCUUGGCAAAUUACAGUAUAUGGAAUUCUGGCAGAAAGAGGCACACAGGGAGAGCAGCUCCACAGCUGCAGGAGCUGACGGAAAGCCGGAGCAGAUCCUGUCAGCCACCCAACUGAGCCAAGGGUUUCCGAACUACAUUUCCCAGAGCUCCUGCUGGGGGAAGAGCGACUCAGUGUGGUCAGACAGCUGCUGUUCGCUCUGCUUGCUGGAGGAGCUGUACUUCCAGCUGAGGACAACGGUGGCCUUCCAGAGCUGUUUCCUGCUGCUGCAGACAGCACGCCUUCUGCUCCGAGUGCAAAACAGCUUCCCAGAGGUGCUGAUUAUGGCUGCGAUUUAUCGAGCAGCGUAUAGAAGAGCUGCUCUCUUCUGCAGGUCACACUCCACCUAUAUUAGAAAAAUGAGAUACUUGAGUAAGCUAAAGGAAGAUGACAUCUUGUGUAGACAAGCCCAGACCUCGGGAACUUUCUACAUCUUUCACAAUCUCUCACCCUUCCUGCAGAAAGUCGGGAAGAAAUAUUUGAUACCACAGCUCAGUGCAGCAGAAAUGAAAAGGAUCCUGGAGAAAUUCAGAGAGACUGAACAGUGGAUAGAGAAGUCGGUGCUGAUUGGUUGUUCAGAUGAGCACGUACCACACUUUGCCCUGGAUUUAGCAGGAGCCUUGGAAAGAUCAGUCGUUGAGGCUGAGCUCAAGGGAUCGUUCACUGACUUACGAAAGGCUUUCUUUGUAGUGGAUGAGAAGGAUUCUUCUUUGCUGGCCUCGGCCCAGGCCCUUCUCCGCUGGCACGAUUCCCACCAGUACUGUAGCAAAACCGGGCAGCCGACUCAGAAAAAUGUAGCUGGCAGCAAGCGCGUGUGCCAUGCCAGUGGAAUAACUUAUUACCCACAGAUGUCUCCAGUAGUUAUCAUCUUGGUGUCUGAUGGCAGCCGCUGCCUCCUUGCACGACAGGCUUCGUUUCCUCAGGGGAUGUACACCGCUCUGUCUGGCUACUGUGACGUAGGUGAAGCUGUGGAGGAAGCAGCCCGGCGAGAAGUGGCAGAAGAGGUGGGCCUGGAGGUGGAGUCACUCUGGUAUUCAGCAUCCCAGCACUGGCCCUUCCCCAGCAGCUGUUUAAUGAUAGCUUGUCAUGCAUUGGUGAGGAGACAGCAAUUGGAGAUCAGCGUGAACAGCCUGGAGCUGGAGGAAGCCCGCUGGUUUGGCCUGGAAGAAAUCAUGGAGGGUCUCAAGCGAGAACCCAGAUCUGCAAAGCAAGACAACGGAAGUUUUUUACCCUGGUUCCCUCCCAAACAGGCCAUUGCUCACAAACUGAUCAACGAGUGGGUUAAGCAGCAGACUUCCCAGCCAACUCAGGUGCUAUGAAUUCAUUAAGCCUGUACCUCUACCAGGAUUACUAAUGCUUGACAUGAAAGCUUCCACAGCUGAAAUCUGUUGUACAGCAGGUGUAAUCUGAUGGCAAUCCUACAUUUGGAUACAGAGACCUACACAUUUCUGAUCAUCCUCAGACAACUCCUUGCACAGUGGAUCACCUUUGAGAUCCAUCAACUUGUAGUAAAUGCACAAUAAAAUUCUUUGUCCCAAAGCACAAAA